AUGGGGUUUCAGAUCCAGGGCAUGGAGCUGUUUGCCAUUGGUGUGGUCAUGAUCAUGUUUGUGGCCGUGCUCAAGGGCUUUGGCAUCCUGGAGCCCAUGUCCUCCUUUGAAGACAGUAGUGACAGUGAUUUGGAGCUGUCUAUAGUUCGUCACCAGCCAGAAGGCUUGGACCAGCUGCAGGUUCAGACAAAGUUCACCAAGAAGGAGCUCCAGUCACUAUACAGGGGCUUCAAGAAUGAGUGUCCAAGUGGUUUGGUUGACGAAGAGACGUUCAAGACCAUCUAUUCUCAGUUCUUUCCCCAAGGAGACGCCACCACCUAUGCACAUUUCCUGUUUAAUGCGUUUGAUAUGGACAGAAAUGGCUCCAUUCGUUUUGAGGACUUUGUGAUUGGCCUGUCUGUUCUUCUGAGAGGGUCAGUCACAGAGAAACUCAACUGGGCCUUCAACCUGUAUGACAUCAACAAGGAUGGAUACAUCACUAAAGAGGAGAUGCUGGCUAUUAUGAAGUCCAUCUAUGAUAUGAUGGGCAGGUACACCUACCCAAGUGUACGGGAUGAGGCACCCUCUGAACAUGUGGAUAAGUUCUUCCAGAAAAUGGACAGAAACAGAGAUGGAGUGGUGACCAUUGAGGAGUUCAUUGAGACCUGUCAGAAGGACGAGAACAUCAUGAACUCCAUGCAGCUCUUUGAGAACGUGCUCUAG